AUGGCUCCUCCUCCCCCUGGUUCUCCUCUGCUAGGGGUGUCCGGCAAGGAUCCUUGGCUCUUUGAGGUUCCACUAGCAUAUAAGCCCACCUACUUGAAUGUCUUUGCCGAUAUGCAUGUCAACAAUUUAUCUGACCUUUUUGUUGGCGAUCAUUGGGACUUUGAUCUUAUUAAUAACAUCUUAGGGGAUAGUCUGUGUUCCCUGGUUAAGAGCAACUGCUCUGUUGACUGGGGUGGCAAUAACUUUUGGGUCUGGCAUCCUAGCCCCAAGAAAAUGAAAAUUUCCUCUGCUAUUUAUCAUUAUCUUAACCAUGAAUCUAAAUCUGCUUUGAAUUGGGAGGGCUGGCAUAAACUCUGGUCCCUUCGUAUAGCUCCGCGUGUUAAACAUUUCAUCUGGCUCUUGCAACAUGGUAGAAUCUCUACCACAGAUUAUCUCAACAGCAUCAACCUUGGUCCUAGAUCACUUUGUAUUUUCUGUAACCUUGAGCUGGAAUCCAUUGAACAUAUCUUUUUGGAUUGUUGUAAAGUCCAAUCGGUCUGGAAUCUUAUUAACCAUUCAUUGGGCUGCAACAUUUCCUUCCCUGAUUUCAUAUCCACUGGAUGCUGCAAAUUUGAAGCUGAAUCAGCUCUGGACUCAGAAAUUAAAGCGUUGGGUAUUGCCCUCAGAUCAUCCCUUGACUAUAGCUCGUCAUUUGCCGUUUUGGGCAAUCCCUCUCUGGUCGAGAUUCCUGGGCGCUGGAAUGCUCUUGCUUAUGCUCUUUCCGCAACCGGUGCUAAUCUUCACAACUUGAACCUCUUCCUGACUGGUCGUGAUCUCCCGCGAAAAGCCACACGUCUGAGUUUCAUUAGUAUCUAUGGGAAUUUGAUUUCUGGUACAUUACCAUCUUCAUUGUUUAAUCUUACAUCACUGUACUAUCUCGCCAUGGCUGAUAACAAGUUUCAUGGAAGCCUUCCGAGUGACAUGGGUGUUACUCUGCCUAAUCUCCAAACUGCAUUAAGUGGGUCCAUUCCUGUCAGUUUUGGAGCUCUCCAUGAAUUGGUUUGGUUCAACUUUGGCAAUAACUCCCUGCAGGUUGACCAGGAAGUUGGCAUGGGUUUCAUCACUUCAUUGACAAACUGCACUUCCCUACAAGUUUUGGGUCUGGAUAGUAACCAAUUCAGAGGUAUGCUUCCUAACUCUGUAGCCAAUCUUUCCUCUCGUCUCAUCAUGCUCAAUCUUGGCUCGAACCAACUGUAUGGGACUUUUCCAAAUGGGAUAGAAAACUAUGCCAACUUAACAUUACUGAGCUUAGAGAGAAACAUGUUCAGUGGCAGCAUCCCUGUUGGCAUUGGCAAGUCCAGUAAUUUGCAGAAGUUGUUCUUAUAUGGGAACAGAUUUUCUGGGCAAAUACCAUCAUUUAUUGGGAAUUUAACUCAAUUGUAUGAGUUACUUCUGCAAGAAAACAGUUUGAGUGGAAGGAUACCGUACAAGCUAGGCAGCUGCAAGCAUUUGAAGUUGCUGAAUCUUUCCAGUAAUCAACUCAGUGGAACAAUACUCACUUGA